AUGGCGCCGAGAGCGGCUGGCCUCAACAGCGAACACGAGCGUGGUCUCCUCGCAUCCGCCGCGAGGCUCUGGACGGGGUCAUAUGCGCCAGACUACGUGGGCUUUCUCGCCCUGCUCGUCGCCUACAUACUGAUGGAGUUUUUCCUCGAACCUUUCCACCGCAUGUUCUUUAUCAACGAUCUUGCCAUCUCUUUCCCACAUGCCGAACAUGAGCGUGUUCCUGUUGCGAUGGAGUUUGUUUAUUCGCUCUUUGUCCCUCUAGCGAUCAUAAUUAUAGCUCUCAUACGACGUCCGUCUCUCCACAAGUACCAUGUCACCAUCCUUGGUUUCGCCAUCGCCCUGAUCCUGACCUCCUUCCUCACCGAUUUCGUCAAGAAUGCAGUUGGGCGCCCGCGACCCGAUCUUGUGGAUCGCUGUAAACCGGCACCGGGCACGUCGAGGGAUGUUCUGGUUACAAUCGAGGUGUGCACGGAAACAAGGCACCAUGUGCUGCACGACGGGUGGCGAAGCUUUCCCAGCGGCCAUUCGAGCUUCGCAUUUGCCGGACUAGGCUAUCUCAGUCUCUUCCUAGCUGGGCAACUACGCCUGUUCGUGCUCGGAGGUGGUCGUGGCGAGCAGGCAGAUGGCAAAGCUAUCUACGCGCGUGGCGAUCUUGGCCGAGCUCUGAUAUGCUUGGUGCCGCUCAUUGGAGCCGCUAUGAUUGCUAUUAGCAGGUGCCAGGACUACCGGCACGAUGUUUACGAUGUCUGCACUGGUGCGUUGUUAGGCUGGGUGGUUGCGUAUUGGAACUAUCGGCGGUACUGGCCCAAGCUGAGCAGCAGCCACUGCGACGAGCCGUAUCCAGGACCUCACGGUGCAGGUGUGUCGGGCAAUGAGGCGCCAGGCUAUGGACGCCUGCGUGAUGAGGAAGAACGCGUCGGGCUAUCUCAGAACGCCCGUUGA